GGAAAAUCAUCAUAACAUUACCAAUGUGAAUAUCCAGCACUCAUUAAAAGAGAUAAAUGAAGAGUUUUAUUCAAUGGAACAUGAGGACAUUGACUCAGCCACUGCGAAUUCAGGUUCCAAGUGCCUGCGUUCUCUUAAAUUGAGUGUAACAAGUACAGAUGCACUUGAUGACUGUGAAGUCCUAGAUGAUAAAGAAGAAUUGAAACAAAGAAUUAAGGAUAUGAAGUCUGAGCUCGAAAAGUACAAAAUGUUCGUGUUUCAUUUACAGACCUCUGACCAGCUUGUAUCGAGUGGUAUUUCCAACAUAUUUUUGAGUGACACAACCUUGCCUGUGGAAGGGCAUGUUAUGCAAGUGCAAGAUUCAGCUAUGCAAGAAAUCAAACCAUUUUCUAGUUUACAUCAACCUAUGGGUUAUGAGAUCCAUGCAGAAAAUAGGAAUUCACAGUCUUCAAAAGUACCUGAUGCAUGGACAGCACAAAACCUUAGGGAACUACUCUCAGCAAAUGAGGAAGGCCUUGAAAAAGAGCAAGUUGCAGAUAUUCAUCUUGAUGAAGUGUAUUGUCUUCAAAAUAAACUGAGAGAAGCAUUGCCAUCCAAAUAUGAUUCAUUAGUUCAUUCGCAAGCUCAAGAGCUUUCCUUUCAACACCAACAAAUUAAAGAGAUCCACGGUGGUUGUGUCACUUACCAUCAACAUCUGACGAGCCUUAUUAAAGCUUUUGAGGAACUGCUUCAAGCCAGUGAUGUAGAUUAUUAUGUUGCUGAAGGCUUCCGUGAGCAGCUGAAUCAAAGCGUUCUAUUGUUUGAGAAGCUAGAAAGGAAAUUUCUGUAUGAAGAGUCACUAGGUGCAGAAGUUACUAUACUUUAUGAAUUAGCUCAAAGGGAGAAUGAGAAGAACACCACAAUGUACCAGCAACUUAAGGAUGAAUCACCUGUACCAUCUGCUCUUCAUAGCUUGUCUGACUGUGAUUUGUCGGAAAAGUCAUCUCUUGGAUCACCAGAGCACAGACACGACCUAGGAGAAGGACAACGUGGCACACUGGCACUUCUGCCAAAUAAGUUUCCCCCAGAGUUAUUAGCGGAACAUCUUCAAGAAAUUCGAAUCCUGAGACAACGUUUAGAGUACUCCAUAAAAAACAACGAGAGACUGAGGAAACAGCUUGAGAGACAAGUAAUAGACAAAGAACUAGAUCAAGUGCAUCUACCAAUGCAUGGAGGAAAAAAUUCAAAACGGAAGGAAAAAACAGGUUCUGCAAACAUUUUCAUCCGUGGCUCAGAGCAGGAUAAUUCUCUGACUUCUGAAGUACGUUUCCUGAGGAAGCAAAAUCAAGUUCUGAAUGCAAUGCUAGCAAAAGGAUCCAGAGAUAAACAAAAGGAAAAUGAUAAGUUAAGAGAAUCUCUUUCUAAAAAGAAUGCAAUCAUUGAGCAUCUUCAUGAGGAUUAUGAAUGCAUCAAGAAAGAAAAUGAAAGGUUGCAAAAACAAAUCGGCAAAAAGGAAGAUGAAACCAAAUAUCUGACAUGUGAAAUUUACAGCAGUCGUAAUGAAUUAAACAGGUUGCAAACAGAAAUGAAUGUAAAGCAACGUCAGCUCUCUGAGAAUGAGAAGUUACUGCAGUCGCUGCGAACUGAGAUCAAGGUUUAUGAAAAGCUGGAAGAAGCAAAAAGGAAGAGGACAGAUCCCAAAUGUGAUGCAUCAGAAGAAUUUCGAAAAGAUCAGAAUAAUCCAGUUGACUUACAUGAACUAUUGACUGAAAUACAGAGUUUGCGAGUACAGCUUGAAAGAAGCAUAGAGACAAACAAGACUUUGCAUGAAAAAUUAGAGGAACAGCUUUCAAAAGAAAAGAAGGAGGAAGUGGGAUCAGUGUCAGCUGUGAAUAUCAACUAUCUUUUCAAACAAGAAUCUCAGCAUUAUGCAGGAAUGAAUGAAAAUCUUUGCAAAUGCCCAGCUGCCAGCAGAAACAUUUGUGAGCUGCAGAAGCAAGGACAUUGCAUUUCGCUAGCAAAAACAGGUACGCAAUCAGCCUCUAAAGAUGAUUUAGACAGCACCUCAUCUUCCAGUACAGCAUGUACCCCUCGUCUUGUUCCUGGACAUCGUAUGUGGGCAGACAAAAAUGGGCGCCAUGUUCUUGGCUUGAUUGAGGAUUAUAACGCUCUGCGGAAACAGAUUUCAGAAGGGCAACAGGUUUUGGGAGAAAUGGAGAUUUCUUUGAGAGAGGUCACUGGUACGAAAGUGCAGGAGCCUGGCAUAAAGGUACCAGACCAGGCAUCCCUGCACAGCUUUUCUGCAAAUACGAACACAGUACAGCAGAUUUUAGAAGAGGCUGCACGUUUAUUGAAACUUCUCUGGAGAGUCUCCCUUCCAAUGAAAGCUGUACACAGUACUACUCAUGGCACUCAGGAUGAAGGAAUGAAAGCAGAAAUACUGAGAUUACGUAAGAAACUGUCUGAGCAAGAGAAGAAGUUACACAGCACAGUGAAACGCUUGCACUCCACAAACCAGCUGAAGGAAAACAUGGAGAAAGUCAUCAUCGACCAGUUGGUUUUAACUCACGAUGUCUUGAAGAAGGCUAGAGGAAACCUGGAAGUCCCACUACCUGACAAUCAGAAAUCAGCUUCCUAUACCAGCAAAAAAAGGAUUCUCUGAAGGAGGAAGUUCCCAUAAUAAAGACAGACUGGUCCUGGGAUUGUUGUUUGCUUCUUUAUGCCUUACUAUUUAUUGAUGUAAAAAGGUUCAUUCAGCUCUUUUAAUGGAAUCAGCCUUUGGAGAAAAGAAAAAAAAAUGACUAAAAAAAAGUAUUUUGUUAAAUAACUUAUUUAACAUUUUCUGUAAUGUAAAAGAUGAUGGUUUUUAAUAUUUAUUACAGAAACAAGGUACUGGAGGUAUUGAAGAAAAAUCCAGAUUUUUUUAAAAGUUGGCUCGUUUGAAAUUUUAUAUUUGUAUGUUAUGCAGCUGUUUGUUGUUGUAGUCAAACAGGUCCUGAAAGAAUCAAGAGCACGACCCACCUUCCAAACUGUUUCUCCACUGCUGAAAUUACAGAACAUAGGUUAAAGAAAAAUAGUUCUGCCAGCUGCCAUCAUUUUAUAAUAGUAUGUAAAAUGUUCAAUAUUUUAAAUCAUUUUAAUCUUAUCUGGAAGAUUCUUCUGGAAGCUGUUUGAUUCUGACCUUUCUCAUUGCCCUGUUAGAAACUUAGUCUGAUGCUAGGUCUGAAAAUACUACCCAAAAUCAGACAAUUAAUUAAAUUUUAAAAUACUCACCAAUCUGUUUGUGUUGUUUUGUUUGAAACACCAGAACUUUGAGCACUUACUGAACAAAGCCAUCAAGGGAUUGAAAUCUUCAUAAUGGCUGGCAUAGAUCACUUCUUUCCUGCCCGUGACUAAGAUUAAUCCAGCCCUUAUCAGCUGCAGUUGUUAGGUGCGGCAGAAGCACUUGUCAGGGCUGAGUUUGGACGGUGGAAACUUGCUUUCAAGGAGUCAGGAUCAAAAGGCGGUUUGCUGGUGGCAGAAACACUGCCUUCCCCUCUUUGCUCCCCAAGUCUCUACCAAGAGAACAGAAGGUCACAGAUGGGACAAAGCCAAACAGUUUUGAAAUCCAUUUUUCUGCUAAAAGUGCUGAAAAAAUGUUUCUUAAAUUAACCUUUUACUUAUUUUUUUUUUUUUUUUUUUUUUUUAUGUUCCAUGUUGAUAUAUCAAAUAGCAAUCCUUUGGCCAGGCCAGAGAACACCGGAAUAGAACACGCUUACUUGUGCUGCUCCUGUGCUCCCCUCGUCCUGCCCCGUGCCUUUCCAAUUCCACUCUCGAUCCGAGCCCACCACAUGCAGCCUGCUGUCAGGGGCACACCAGGACCAAGGGAAAAUUGGUUAGUUUAACCCUAACAAGCCCAUAACUGGAAGUGGUUGUUGGCUGCAAAAGUAGACUUACUUACUGUGCAAUCAUGGCCCUGUUGAACUAAGUGAAUUUCGCAAAGGGUGAUGUUUUUUUCAAGUUGAUGAUGUCCCCAUUAUAGAAGAUGACUCGCCCUCGUCAUCCAGGAAGGUGAGCGCCAGGUCUGGGAGACCUCAGCACAGGGCUGUGGUUAUAUUGGGUCCUUGAUAUCGCACCCUGGAGAACAGCCAACUGCAGUGGUCUUUUACAGAAAAUGAGUUUGUGCCUGUCGAAACGUGGCUGUGGAAGCGGCUGUUACAGCCACGGGGCUGGCUGAGGGCUGCGAGCCACGGCCAGGUCUGGUACUACAGCAGUAGCUCCCCUCUCCCCACUAAAGCUUUCGUUUGUUCCAAUUGGUUUCCCAACAGUUGUUGAUAAUCAGAUGUAGUACUCUGAAUAGCGCAUAGUCACCCUUUUAUCACUUUUCUCUGAAUUUCAGCUUGAUACUAAAAGGCGGGAGCUGCUGCACCCUCCCUUUGGGCAGAUCUGCACACCAAAGUGCCAAGCGAGCGCCAGCCCAACAGCUAGCUAUCGCAGGGGCUGCAGGUACUCUGCUCCUCAGAACUGAUGUCAUAGCCCGUCCUCCCACACGGCCAUUUCUCCCUACAACUAUUGUGCACAGGAGUGAGUUUUUGUUAAAGACGACCAACAAUGCCAUGCACUUUCGGGCUCCCUGGUAUGACCUGCCUUUGAGAAGUUCACAAAAAUGGGCUUUCUCUGAAGUACAAAAAGGGAUUUAACUGGGGGUCCCAGUGCCUUUGUGCAGGUCUUAUGCUCUAAUAAAUGUUACAUACCUUGGAGAUCCCAGCCUCAGCUGGCCCCUACCUGGCCUGGCCUGAAGCUCCAUCCUGGGUUCUGGCUGCUGAGCACUUGCACCUCCAGUCCAUCAUGAGAAAGGCUCAAAACCAAAACACUGUCUUCAGCUGACAGCAGGGGGAAGCAAACUCAUUUGUCUGUAUUAGAGGAAAGAUGCUGGAAAAAAUUGAAAAAGUUAAAAAUAAACUUUGCAAAUUGAAAAGGGGGGAGGUAAGGGAAGAGCAUGCAGUCAAACUUGCUCUUCAGUCUCUUCACACAUUAUUGUCCUCACAGCUCACUAAAAACGUCAAGUUAAUUUUACUAAGUAGCUAAAUUAUAGACACUCAGAUGUAAUCAGAAUCUGCUAUACAUUUCAACUUUCAAAAUUAAUCAACCUACGUUUUUGAGUUAUAACACCUGAAGGAAACAGCUGUACGUCUAUAUAUAGUGCACCCAUGUCUCUUGGUCUUCUUGUAGCCUUUUUUUCCCCCCUACACCAUCUGUACUUAAAAAAUAAAAAUCAAAUGUUUCCUUUUCCUGA